CCUCAUCAUUCCAUAUUCUUAAGAGUCCCCUCCUCCACUCCAAGCUUCUCUGCUUAUAAAUCUUCUUGCCUGCUCCCCUCUCUCCUCCUCAAAAGAAAGCCUCUUCUUCUUCAAAUCCUUCAUUCCUUGCAAGAGAGAUUUAGAGAUAAAAACGAUGGCUGCCGAGCUGGAAAAAAGCAACAAGGCAGCUACCAAAAAGUUGCAGAAGAGCUACUUUGAUGUGCUAGGCCUUUGCUGUUCUUCAGAGGUUCCUUUGAUCGAGAAUAUCCUCAAGUCACUCGAUGGUGUUAAAGAGUUUUCAGUGAUUGUCCCAACAAGAACAGUGAUUGUUUUCCAUGACGAUCUCCUCAUUUCUCAGCUCCAAAUUGUUAAGGCUCUAAAUCAAGCAAGACUGGAAGCAAAUGUUAGAGCAUAUGGAGAGACCAAGCACCAAAAGAAAUGGCCUAGCCCAUAUGCAAUGGCUUGUGGUGUGUUACUUUUGUUAUCACUUUUGAAGUAUGUCUAUCAUCCUUUGCGUUGGUUUGCUAUUGGAGCAGUGGCUGUUGGCAUCCUUCCCAUCUGCUUGAAAGCUGUUGCUUCCUUGAGGAAUUUUAGGCUUGAUACCAACGUUCUUAUGCUUAUUGCAGUCAUAGGAACGAUUGCGAUGGAUGAUUAUAUUGAAGCAGGAACUAUUGUCUUCCUGUUCACUAUUGCAGAAUGGCUAGAGUCAAGGGCAAGCCACAAGGCCAAUGCUGUCAUGUCAUCAUUGAUGAGCAUAGCUCCACAGAAAGCAGUCAUUGCUGAAACUGGGGAAGAAGUGGAUGCUGAUGAGGUCAAGUUAAACACUGUUCUUGCAGUUAAGGCUGGUGAAGUUAUUCCCAUUGAUGGAGUUGUUGUCGAUGGUAACUGUGAAGUGGACGAGAAAACGUUAACUGGGGAGUCAUUUCCAGUCCCCAAACAGGUGGAUUCAACUGUCUGGGCAGGCACCAUUAACCUUAAUGGUUAUAUGAGUGUUAGAACUACUGCUCUUGCUGAAGACUGUGUGGUGGCUAAAAUGGCAAAGCUUGUGGAAGAAGCUCAAAACAGCAAGUCUAAAACUCAAAGGUUCAUAGACAAAUUUGCUCAAUACUAUACUCCAGCGGUGAUUAUUAUAUCGGCUAGCUUUGCAGUGAUACCGCUUGCACUACGAUUGCACGACCGUAAUCGCUGGUUUCGUUUAGCAUUGGUUGUUUUAGUCAGUGCAUGUCCAUGUGCUCUAAUCCUGUCUACACCAGUUGCAACAUUUUGUGCUCUAACAAAGGCGGCAUCAGCUGGUCUUCUGAUCAAAGGGGGCGACUAUCUUGAAACACUAGGCAAGAUUAAGGUCAUGGCUUUUGACAAAACCGGUACCAUAACAAGAGGUGAAUUUGUUGUCACAGAUUUCCAACCUCUCUGCAAUGAUAUCAGUGUAGACACAUUGCUCUAUUGGGUAUCAAGCAUCGAGAGUAAAUCAAGUCAUCCUAUGGCGGCUGCACUUGUCGACUAUGGAAAGAUGCAUUCAAUAGAGCCACAGCCUGAGAAAGUGGAGGAAUUUCAAAAUUUUCCUGGAGAAGGAAUUCAAGGAAAAAUUGAAGGGAAAGAUAUAUAUAUUGGGAACAGAAAGAUUGCUCACAGAGCAUCUGGAACAGUUCCAACACUAGAAGGCGACAAGAAGACAGGAAAGUCUGUCGGAUAUGUGUACUAUGGAGCAACUCUUGCAGGGAUUUUUAGUCUCUCUGAUAGCUGUAGGACUGGGGUUGCUGAGGCCAUUAAGGAACUGAAGUCAUUAGGCAUUAAAACUGCAAUGCUUACUGGAGAUAGUGAAGCGGCGGCUAUGUAUGCACAUGAACAGCUAGAGCAUGCUCUUGAAGUUGUUCAUGCAGAACUCCUACCUGAAGACAAGGCGACUAUUAUUAAAGAACUUAAGAAGGAAGGACCAACAGCAAUGAUUGGAGAUGGUCUGAAUGAUGCCCCUGCAUUAGCUACUGCUGAUAUUGGCAUUUCAAUGGGAAUUUCAGGUUCAGCACUUGCAACAGAGACAGGGCAUGUGAUUCUUAUGUCCAAUGAUCUCAGGAAAGUACCAAAAGCCAUCCGGCUUGGCCGUCAAUCUCAUAGAAAAGUGAUUGAGAAUGUGAUUAUGUCCAUGACUACAAAGUCUGCUAUCCUGGCCUUGGCGUUUGCUGGUCACCCACUUGUUUGGGCAGCUGUUCUUGCUGAUGUAGGUACAUGCUUGUUGGUCAUUUUGAACAGCAUGCUGCUUUUACGAGGCACUCAUGCAGGGAAAUGUAGCAAAUCAUCAGGUGCGUCGCAUACACACAAACAUGGUACUAGGAAUUCAUCACACAAUCAUCAUAAUUGUUGCUCUAGCCAAAAUGUCAAGAAGGUGGAAUGUGGGGCUCAAAAGUGUUGCUCUAGCGCAAAAGUUGAGCAGGUGCAGAGCGGGGCUCUAAACUCAACCUGUGCCUCAAGGUGUUGCUCUAGUCCAAAAGUUGAGAAGGGGCCAAGUGGGUCUCAAAAUUCAAGCUGCACCUCAGGGUUUCGCUCUAGCCCUAAAGUUGAGAAGGUUCACAGUGGAGCUCAAAAUUCAAGUUGUGCCUCAGGAUGUUGUUCUAGCCAGAAAGUUGAGAAGGCGCAGCUUGCCGCUCAAAAUUCAAACUGUGCCUCGGGAUGUUGCUCUAGCCAGAAAGCUGAGGUGAAGCUUGUGGCCCAGAAUCCAAGCUGCGACUCAGGGUGUUGCUCUAGACCAAAAGUUGAGAAGGUUCAGAGCGAGGAUCAAAAUUCAAACUGUGCCUCGGGAUGUUGCUCUAGCCAGAAAGCUGAGGUGAAGCUUGUGGCCCAGAAUCCAAGCUGCGACUCAGGGUGUUGCUCUAUACCAAAAGUUGAGAAGGUUCAGAGCGAGGAUCAAAAUUCAAACUGUGCCUCGGGAUGUUGCUCUAGCCAGAAAGCUGAGGUGAAGCUUGUGGCCCAGAAUCCAAGCUGCGACUCAGGGUGUUGCUCUAUACCAAAAGUUGAGAAGGUUCAGAGCGAGAAUCAAAAUUCAAACUGUGCCUCGGGAUGUUGCUCUAGCCAGAAAGUUGUGAAGGAGCAUUGUGUGGCUCAAAGUUCAAGCCUUGCCUCAGGAUGCCAAUCUAGCCAACAUAGUAUCAGCUCAUGCAGAAACCAAGAGUGCGCUGACUCAGCUAAGAGCCAUGAUGCACGUGUAGCAACUAAUGCUAGUGGAGUUCAUGAAGCCAAGCACCACGAUCAUAGUUGCUUUAACACAGUCAAUCCUAACACAGAGGCAAAUCAUCCACGCAGCCAUGACUGUUCAACCCCUCCCAAAUUGAAACAUCUAUGCCAUAAUUCAGUAGAAACUCAAGGAAAAUGCUCAGAUGGAGAUGGUCUUCAUAAGGAAAAACACUGCCACCAUUCACACGGUGAACCUGCUGCUACUCAUCAUGGUAUUCAUCACCAUUCAAGUCAUUCUUCUCAUGAUUUAGAAGGCAGCCAAAAAACGACAGACAAUACUACUAAUUGCUGCUCCAAGAGCAGUUGUAAAAACACUAUAGACAUUCCCAAGAAUGAAGAGUCACUCGGAGAGAUUGUUGAAUCCAGUUGCAGUCCCCAGCAUCAACAUCAAGAGUUACACCAGGAGUUGAAGAAGUGUUGUACAGGCUGCGCUCCACCUCACACUGUUAUUGAAAUUGAGCCAACAACCAUGCAUGCUUGUAUGAGCAUGGAGAAGAGAGAGAUUGGUGGAUGUUGCAAGAGCUACAUGAAGGAAUGCUGUAGCAAGCAUGGACACUUUGCAACUGGCUUUGGUGGAGGCUUAUCAGAAAUCACCAUCGAACAAGUAUAAAGAUCUUUAGAUGAAUAUUGUUUUGGCUCUAGCGAAGAAACUAGGAAAUUUUGGUGAAAUACUUGUAGUAACCAAGAACCAGAAUUAAUGAAUGAAAUGAAAUUAAGAAGUGUGUUCGAUGUUUACAGAAAUAUUGUAUUUCAUCAUUCUGUAAGUGAUUAAAACCAUUGUAAAUUUAUAUGAAUAAUAAUUAGUCCUAAAUCUGAAUUAUGACAA